AUGUCCAAGAGAAAAACCAACCCAGUGACAGCCACCAAUGAUCACAACAAAAUCAUCAAGCAUACCCAUCACGAAGUUGCAAAUACGGACAUGCCAUUCCAGCAUGAGGUGCUUUUCGAAAUUUUUAAGUUUAUUCCUGUAUCGGACCUGUUAACCGACUCGCUUGUUUGUAAGCAAUGGAACACUGUUGCACACAACAAUCAAUUAUGGAAAUCUGUGUUUGAGAAGCAAUAUCAAGAUCAUCCAUUCGCUCCAAAGGAUCCCUUGUUUGGAGGCAAUUUGAUUGAAAAAUUAGCUGAAUCUACAUUUUCAAAUUGUCUUUACAAGGCCAUGUAUGCUCUCAAGAAGAGCUUUCACAAAUUGCAGGUUAUUUCAAAACAAAAUAUUCAUGCAGACAUGGCUGAAUUAUUUGAAGGCGAUUAUGAUGAAGGGUUUACAUUCAAGGAUGGAGAGGAAAACUUUGAGCCAACACUUGAAAUGAAACAAAUGAUUACCGGUUGGACACCCUAUGAGGAUGGAAUCAAAGGAAACAAAUAUGGUCACUUUAUAUGUGACGAAUGUGCAGAGAAUGAAGAUUUAUGUAAAGUGAUUUUCAAAAAUCCACUCUCGGAACAAGUAUUCGUAUUCUAUGAAGUCUCUAAUAGUAACCCUUAUGGAAGUAUUCAUUUAGAAAAUGAAGAAGCGUACUUUGCCCUUCACAGCGAAGGAUGCUUGCAAACCAGAAACGACUCUCCAAUGGAAUUACCCAAUUUCGAUUUUAUGAUUGCCCUUCAGAGGUUUAUUAAUGAUCUUCAAGAAUGUCCAGAACAUUUAUUGUACUAUGCAGAGAAAACAUUUGAACCUAAAAACUAUCUUGGACCAAAGAAAGGAAAUAUUUAUUGA